AUGGUGUCUUCAGUAUGGGAGGAAGUCAGAACCCCAACCUCUUUAACGCCACCUUUGCAAUCGCCAACCAUACUCUCGGAAAAAGAACCAAUUACACCGAUCAAAAAUGCAGCCCUUAGCCCGACACAUCUCAGCAGGGUUAGCUCUCGCACCCAGCAUAGUCGCAACAGUAGUAUGCACGAAGCCUACGAGAAAGCCAGAGCGAGAGGAGUUGCUCUGCAUCGCAAAUAUUGGGUGCGAGUCUUGUUUGAAUAUACCAGUUACCUCCUCCUCAUUCUCUUCGUCUACUUUGUCUUGAUUGGUAUGCCGCUUUGGAAAGGUGCCGUUUGGUGGUUAUAUUGGGUCGUUGCACAUAAGUUUGUUAUUCAGGGAGGAUACGCGAUUACAAUUGGCCUUGCUGCCCUUUACGCUUUCCUUCCUCUCUUGAUCUUGUUUGAAAAGGAUCCGCCGCGGAAAGAUGAGAUGUCGGAAGUAGAUCUCGAGAAAAAUGCCGAGAAUGCCAAAACGACUGCUCUCCUGAUUCCAUGCUACAAAUCCGCCAAUAUCAUCGGUCCAACUCUCAAGGCCGCGCUGGAGGUUUUCCCACCCGAGAACAUCUUUGUCAUCGCCAAUGGCAAUUCUGAAACGCCACUCGACAACACUGAGGAAGUCUGCCGACCUUACGGCGUCAAUCAUCUUUGGGUGCCCAUCGGUUCGAAGAUCGUUGCUCAAUUUGCCGGUUGCUACGCUGCUAAGGGCUUCGAAAAUGUCCUUUUGAUCGACGACGACUGUGCCUUGCCUCCCAAUUUCCCUAUCGUCAGUGACCGUCUCAAAGGCAAAGUCAAGUGCGUUGGGUACACUAUCAAGAGUGUCGGCCCGAACUCCUCGAAAGGUACCUUCUGUCAACAGGCACAAGAUUUGGAGUACAAGAUGUCUGGUCUUCAGCGAGAGUUCUUUGGCAGACUAGGAAGUGCAACCUUUCCUCACGGUGCUAUUUCUAUUUGGAACACGGAUUUCUUGAAGCAGACCUUCCACGAGCAUCCUGGUUUCUCGGUUUCCGAAGAUUGGUUCUUUGGAGAUAGCUGCCGCCGCCUUGGAGGACGUAUCACCAUGUGUUCGUCGGUGUUUGUCGAGACUGAAACACCGUGUUCGGUUUUCUUUAGCGGCAGCGGCAGUCGUGGAGGUUUCGGUGAGAUGACUAUCUUUUCCCAGCGAUUCAAGCGUUGGAAUUUCUUCUUUGUCGUCGGCAUGUACUAUGACAUGAAGUAUAUCCUGUCAAGCUGGAAGUUGGGGUGGUGGGAAUUCGGGGCCAAGCUUUGCGUGUUCCAAGAGGUCUACGAAACUCUCAUUUAUCUUCUCGCGCCGUUCAUGCUGCCCAUCUCUUUCGUUGUCCGCCCCUCAUUCUGCGGCAUGCUUCUUGGUGUCACCAUUGCCAUGUAUAUCAUCAACGUCAUCCUCUUCAACGAGAUUCACCUACGCCUCAAGAAAGAGCGCAUCGACUGGGUUGUCCUGAUCUUCUACUAUACCUUCUACAAGAUCGCUCUGACAUUCAUCAACGUGUUCAGCUGCUACUGGUCGCUGUACAAAUACGCUCGUUACUUCGCCAAGCGCCACCCCAAGGUCAUCGAGGACCAGCAGGCAAUCGAGGUCGUUCUGAGCUUGGAGCAAGAAACGGACUCCGACUUUGAAGAAGUUACAUUGCCCGUGUCCGCUCCCGGUGUCGACUCGACGCGUCUUUCUAAGCGGCUGACUUUGACAAGAGUUGAGCCUGACCAUAAACAACCUCGGUGGCCAUUGACUGAUGAGACAACUAAUUCAUCUCCACCCAACUCGUGGGACAAACGCAUGUCCUGGUUAUAA